AUGGCCUCUGGCCUGUUCAGCUAUACCGUUCCGUUUCGUCGGAACCUCAUUCGUCUUUCGAAAGGGCGCGUUGCGUCGUCAGACAUGGUGUCUUUUGGCUCUUCUGAGCGGCUUAGGGCCGGCGUCAGGUUCUUCCACAAGUCUCGGCCUACAUACAACAACCAGAACCAAAACUCAUCCACCCAAGGCUCGUUUGGAUCCCGACUGCGCUUUGCCCUACGAAACACCAAGGUCGAAUGGUAUCCCAUUCCUGUCGGUCUAGGAAUCGGUCUUCUAGGCAUACUUCAUUACUACAAGUCUCAACGCAAUGAACGAAUACGACGAGAAAGGGAAUCUGAGUCGACAGGAGAAUCCUUUGAUUUCUCAAAACCCCCUCCGCGCCCGAAAAUCCGACCUAGCGGGCCAUGGCAGGUUCAGAUCAUGUCAACCUUGCCCCUGAAGGCAAUGUCUCGAUUAUGGGGUCGCUUCAACGAAAUUGAACUUCCUUACUAUCUGCGUGUGCCGGGCUUCAAACUAUACUCAUGGGUCUUUGGCGUUAACCUCGAUGAAGUGGCCGAGCCCGAUCUUCACGUAUAUCCCAAUCUGGCAGCGUUCUUUUACCGUCAACUAAAGCCCGGCGUCCGUCCGCUUGACCCUGACCCGCAUGCCGUUCUGGCUCCCUCCGAUGGCCGCAUUCUUCAAUUCGGUCUCAUAGAGCGAGGCGAAGUAGAGCAGGUCAAAGGUGUGACCUACAGCUUGGACGCACUCUUGGGCUCUGCUACCCCAUCUCAGGCGGACCACUCCAAGAAGUUUAUGGACCAUCAUAAUGAACCAUCGCAAAAGGAUGCCGCCAGUAUUGCGGCUGAUGAAGAAUUCGCUACGAUGAACGGCAUUAAAUAUACUCUGCCCUCUCUCUUUUCCGGGGAGAGCGCAGGUUUAAGAAAACGAUCAUCAUCUAAAGAUGCGUCCACUGAAUCUCAAGUAUCGUCUGAAGCUCAGGUUCGUGAAGACCUUGCGCGCGGCGACGGUACUCCUUGGUAUGCUCCAAAACCUACCUCGAAUAAUGCUCUUUACUACGUGGUCAUAUACCUUGCCCCUGGUGAUUACCAUCGGUUCCACUCCCCUGUCCCUUGGGUCGUUGAAAGCCGUCGACACUUCGCAGGCGAACUAUUCUCUGUGUCGCCGUAUCUGCAGCGUCAUCUGCCUGGUCUUUUUACACUUAACGAGCGUGUCGUGCUUCUGGGUCGGUGGCGCUGGGGAUUCUUCAGCUAUACGCCAGUAGGCGCCACAAACGUAGGCUCGAUCAAAAUCAACUUCGACUCCGAGCUACGGACUAAUAGUCUUCUAACCGACACCGCGGCGGAUAAGGCUGCCGCUGAAGCCGCCGAGCGCGGUGAGCAAUAUCCUGGAUUCGCUGAAGCUACUUAUCUUCACGCCAGUCGAACAUUAGGGGGUCAUUCUCUUCAGCGAGGUGAGGAGAUGGGCGGGUUCCAAUUGGGAAGCUCCAUUGUGCUGGUCUUCGAGGCUCCCAUGGGCACCCGCAGGUCGUUUGAUGCCGGCUGGAAAGAGGGCCAGCGCGACGGUGGGCUAAAUUGGACAAUCGAGAAGGGCCAACGCAUCAAGAUGGGCCAGAAACUUGCAUACGUGGAUAUCAAGGAGUAG